AUGGCUCCAUCUCAUGGGAUCCUGGCGUUUGUAGUUCCUAAAGGCCUCUCCCUAAACUGCACAUCCCAGAAUUCCAUAGCAAGGAACCAUGGCAGGCAGGGAGCUACAUCAUCUGUAUUCAUGGCCCAGGCACAGGCAGAGGUCAUUAUGGUGGACACUGAUAGUGACCCUGAGGAAAUGGAUAGCACCAUAGAGGCAGAAAUUCUAUGUGGGGCAGCAGCUGAUGGCACACAGACCAGCACCAGUCCAGAUCUGUUGUCCAAGAACAGAAGUUCACCUGAUAUCAUAUCUGUCAGUUCUAUGGAAGACAUGCCUUGUGCAAGUCCCUUAAGACAAAACGCAAUGAUGCCAUUCCGCUACAGAACUGAUGCAAUUUCUCUAAGUUCCAUGGAAGAAAUUAUUCAUGCAGCCACUCCUGUAACCCUCUCUUCAAAUGGAGUUGUAUCUCCAGAGACUGAGAAUUCUGAUGAUGUGAUUUUUGUAAGUUCUGUUGAAGAAUUACAUCCGCCCAAGCUGAGCAAAGGAAAUAUUGCAUAUGAAGUAUACUACAAUGGGAAAAACAUUGAAGAAAUCUGUAUCUGCUGUGGAGGGCUUGAGAUUCACAAUCAGCACCCAUUGUUCCAUGGAGGAAUUUGUGCUCCUUGCACAGAAAUGUUUCUGGAGAGAUUUUUCCUCUGUGAUGAUGAUGGCUGUCAGGCGGACUGUACAAUCUGUUGUUCAGGCAAUUCCUUAAUGAUAUGUGAUGAUCCAAAAUGUCACAGGUGUUUUUGCGAUGAAUGUGUGGAUACCCUUGUUCGUCCUGGGCAUUCAGAGGAAAUCAGAAAUACAAACCCUUGGAAAUGCUUCCUAUGUACGCCAACAAACAUACAUGGAUUUCUUAAGAAGAAGACAAAAUGGCGGGAAGAAUUGAAACAGUUCUAUGAUCAAGAGUCUAACUCACUUAAUAUAUAUCAGCUUUUGUCCCCAUGGGAGAGAAAACCAAUCCAUGUUCUCUCCCUCUUUGACAACAUUACACAAGAACUGAAAAGGUUUGGGUUUCUGGGUAAAAGCAUGGGCAAUGGGAGACUGAAGUAUUUGGAUGAUGUCACAGAUGUGACAAGAGUGCAUAUAGAAGAGUGGGGCCCAUUUGAUUUUAUUUUUGGAUCCACGCCACCAGUGGCAAAGUCUUACAAUCAUCCUUCUGCUUGCUACUUUUACCAGUACAUGCGUAUACUUCAGUACACGAAACCCCCAGAAGGAAGCCACAAGCCAUUUUUUUGGCUGUUUGUAGACAACCUAGUUCUUGAUGAAGAAACGAGAGACACAGCUUCACGUUUUUUUCAGAUGGAAGCCGUGCUCACUUAUAAGCGAUCUGAUGACAUCAUCCAGAAUGCAGCACAUAUAUGGAGCAAUAUCCCAUCUGUUAACAGCAAAUAUUCUGCUGCAUCCUCCUAUGUGGAUUUGUCUCUGUUGGCAAAGAAGAUCCUUAGGACCAGAAUCUUCUCUCAGCGUCCAGCCACUAUCAUUAGUGAAUUUUUUGUUCCCUUGAAAGACUAUUUUAGGGCUUUCUCUUAAAACAUGCUUUAACCUAAAAGUGAAGGUUGAAAAUUUUGCUUUUCAGCCUGCCAUUGCAUCUGUGCUUUUAAUAUGAAAACAUUAGCAAAUAAUAAUAAAAAUCUCUAUGCAGAUAAAAAAAAUCACCUGUUGCUUGCCAUUAUUAGUAUGCUAAUAGCAGCAUGAGAGCAGAUCAGGCUAAAUUGGUUGGCAAUCCAUCCAGAAUGUUUUGUUGGACUUUCAAUAUACAUUAAUAGCACCAAAUGUGUUUUAAACCAUCUUUCAGUGCACGAAAUUAGGAAAUGCUGCCAUGAAUGUUAAGAAUUACCACUAAUUCAGGACCCCUGAUUAAGAGAAGAGAAAAGAAAGCCAUUUCAAUAAGGUAGUUGAUUCUCCCAAAACUAUAUCUUUUCACUAGAGCUU